ACACAGUGUGACUCAGUUAAUGAUGGAAAACACUCAGAGAAGAAGAAUGACAACACAGCGAGAGGAGGAGAGUCUGAAAUCAAGACUGUUACAUCUGCAACAUGCACCUCAGAUGUGGAUAUGAGUGGAAACAAGGAUAAGCAAUCAGUGGAGAUUUCUGAAGAGAAGAAUAGAAACAUGGAGUAUCAAAGAGAUCUUGAAACACUGCUUCACAGACUUCACCUUCAAGACAAACAGAAGUUGUCUCCAGCAGAUUUUCUUAAAAUAGUUCCACCAGUGAAACAGGACCAUGAAACAUCUGAGGAAGAUCUAGCUCAAACCUUUCUUCAGAGGUUGAUGAUGUUAGAUUACAGAGCCAGAUAUAUUCCUGUAAGACAAGACAGAGCUGAGGUGAGCCACUCAAAUCCUAUUGCAGAGUCUGAAACUGUUGAGAUAGACGACAGUGACUUAGAUGCUUUUUUGGAUACAGACGUUGACUGUGAUCAAUCAAAACAGACUCAUGUUCAUCCGAUGGACGUUCAAAUGACAGUAUUUCACUGCUCAGACAGCUUCCUUAAGCAGAACAUGAUGACAAAGCUGUCACAGUGUCAGUACGCCUUACCUUUGCUUGUUCCUGACCCAGUCACACUGGAUGUUGAGUUUCCUCUGUGGACAUUCAGACAAAUAAGAAAAACCUGGAAGACAACUCAAAUCAAGGGUGAUUCAAACAUUGUCACCAUGAAGAGUUCCCCCAUCUGCAAAGCUGAGACACCCAUGGUGUCAUUUUUCCGCCUGGGUUCACUGUCAGUGUCUAAAUCUCAGCUGAUGAACACUUUGAUCAACGAGCGUCACAACACCUUCUUCCACAGAAACUGCCCAGGUAGCACCAGAUCUCGCCUUUUGAUGGAUGGUGUGGCAGAGAUUGCCUGGUACUGUCCUGCUGGAAAACCCAACGAUGCCUUCACUGACUGCACUGCCUUCUGUAAUCUUCAUGGUGAUGCUCUGGUUCGAUUUGAAAAACAACGUAAGAUACUGACUGAAAAAUCUUCAGUCAAUGUUGUUCUGUUACCAACUCUGAAAAAAGGUGACAAACGUUGGGCUGUUUUCUCAGAUCUUGUGAAGUCUCCAAAGCCUCUGAUUUUAGAUGAGCUGGAAGAAAGUUCAGCUCAAACCAAGGAACCUGUGGAGGCUGAACAUCCAGAGCAGGAAUACGAUACAACCAAAGGACGUGGACCACAAAACCCACAAGACAGAAAAGACGGCACCUCAGUGUUCAACAGUCCAAACAGGAAAACCAAACUCAAAAUCGAGGGGUCAGACUCCAACUCGGAAGUCCAUCAAUCACCCAUGACAGGCUGGCUGCAGACCUGGAAGGUACUGAUGAUAUCAGGACACCCCAUGGAGCUGAUGGAUGGUGAUGCAGGUCAUGUGCCUUUGACAUGGAUCUCUAGUCUUUUAGAGGAAGUCAUCAAGAGACUGGGUGACCAGAGAGUGUUUGUGUUGUCAGUUUUGGGCUUACAAAGCAGUGGAAAAUCAACAAUGCUGAAUGCCAUGUUUGGGUUGCAGUUUGCAGUGAGUGCUGGCAGAUGCACCAAGGGUGCCUUCAUGCAGCUGAUCAAAGUGUCAGAGGAGAUGAAGAGAGACUUUAAGUUUGACUUUGUGCUGGUGGUGGACACUGAAGGACUGCGUGCUCUUGAAUUAGCAGGUAGCGCCGCUCUUAACCACGACAAUGAACUGGCAACAUUUGUUGUUGGUCUGGGAAACAUGACAUUGAUCAACAUCUUUGGAGAGAAUCCAGCUGAGAUGCAAGAUGUUCUGCAGAUUGUUGUUCAGGCUUUCAUGAGGAUGAAGAAAGUCAAACUUUCUCCAAGUUGUGUGUUUGUUCACCAGAAUGUGACAGAUAUUUCAGCUGCAGAGAAAAACAUGGAGGGAAAGAGACGCCUGCAAGAAAAACUGGACCAGAUGACCCAACUAGCUGCCAAAGAGGAGGUUUGUGAUGCAGAGUGUUUCAGUGACAUCAUUGCAUUUGAUGUGCAAAAAGAUGUGAAAUACUUUGCCCAGCUUUGGGAGGGAAGUCCACCUAUGGCUCCUCCAAAUCCAGGUUAUAGUGAGAGCAUCCAAGAGCUGAAGAACUUCAUCCUCUCUAAAGCUUCACAGUCUGAUGUGAUUACUCUGUCUCAGUUCAAAAGCAAAAUUCAUGACCUGUGGGAAGCCCUGUUGAAUGAAAACUUUGUUUUCAGUUUCAAAAACACACUUGAAAUUAAAGUGUACAGAAACCUUGAGGUUCAGUACGGGAACUGGACCUGGGCUCUGAGGAGCAACAUGUUGACCAUUGAAAACCUGCUUCAUACCAAAAUUGCAAAUGGAAAACUUGACAAGGUUGAGUUCAGUUAUCUUUCUAAAGAAAUGAGCAAAACAUAUGGAGAAAUCCAAAAAGAAAUGUCAAAGCACUUUGAUGAUGACAGAGACAAAGAAAUGUUGGUUCAGUGGCGAGGCACAUUUGAAAAAAAAAUCAAGGAGUUUCAUGAUGAACAGGUGAGAGGAGUGAAAAGAAAACUGGAUGAAGUUAUCCAGCAGAAGACGGCUUGUAAAAAGCUUGAUGAUCAAAAGACAGAGUUUGAGAACAAGCUGCUACAGAAGAGCAAAGAGCUCGCUCGUCAGUUAAAAGACAAGACACAAGAUGAAGAGGAACUUAAACAGCAGUUUGACUUUGUUUGGAGAGACUGGGUGAGAGAACUAACUGCAGAUACAAAACCUAUUGAAGACAUCAACUUGGAGGAAGAUCAGUCAACUAUCCUUCAUGAGCUUGGUUUUGAAUGGGAUCUUAUUGAUAAAUCCAAAAAAAGUGGCAGAUACAAAAAUAUAUCAGUGGCUGGUGAUUACUCUCAUUAUGUGACACUCACCAAGUAUCAGGAGCUUUGUGACGAAAGCCAACAGCCUCAAGAGAGGGAAGGGGACAAAAGAGAAAAGGGGCUAUUUGGACAAUUUGUUGACUCUGUUUCAGAAAAAACUAUAAAAGUAUUAAGAUACUUUAAGGGGACUUUUCAGCAUGAAGAUCAACAACUGAUCAGAUCCCUGAUUGAUAAUCUUGAAAAACAGUCACUUGAUACAAUCAAGAACAAACCUCUAGCUACAAGAGGCUACAGUUCAACUUAUUUGCAAGAAGUUGCCAAAAAUGUCAAAGAGAAAGUGACAGAAUUUGAAUCAGGGAGGAAAUUUGCUCUGAAGAGGGAGUUUACAGUUGAACUCUCACUGUAUGUGUUUGACAGAGCAGGGACUUGGCUUUCAGAGUCCCACGAGAAAUUCAAGAAGAAGAAUGAUGCGCGUACUCAUUUAGAAAGCAAAAAGGAUCAAUAUUACAACAUUUUCAGAAGCUUCUGUAAAGGAAACUCUUCUGCUGUUGUACUCGGAGAACUGAUCUGUGAAAAACUGAAGGUUUCCACUGUUGAGGCUGUCUGUAACCAGACUGCCAUUGCUCUAGCUGGAGAGAUGAAGUGCAGUUUCCCAGCAUUCAGUGGGAACAGACUGAACCUGGAGAAACAUGUGUUGAAGUCACUGGCAGAGAAAGAAGACUUCAGUGGUUUCAUUGACUACAUCCAUCAACCAAGAAAACAUGUGGAGAGGUUUAUAAAAGAGGAAGUACAGAAAUACAUCUUCACAUCACACAAAGAUAAAGCUCGGGAUAUACUCAAGAAAAAUGUUGAAGACAUCAAGCAACAUGUGAGUCGGGCUUUAUUUACUGCAACAGAGAAAGUCAAAACCCAGACAGGAGACACAGACAUGUGGCUGGAGGAAUUUACCAGUUUUCUGAGAGAUGAUCUGACAUUUGAUUCCAUUCGUCCUGAAAACUUCAGAGACAUAAACAGUUUUGACUUUCUUAAAGAAGAGAUAGAGAAAAGCCUUGAACCCAUCAUGAAGGAGAUGAACAACCUCUCACUGAAUAAGAUGAAUGAGUUCAGACUGAAGCCUGAUCAGAUCCUCAUCGAUCAGCUGUGCAAGUGCUGCUGGGUAAAGUGUCCAUUCUGUGCAGCUGUUUGCACCAACACCAUUGAAGAUCACAGUCCUGAUGACCACAGUGUCCCUUUUCAUCGAUCCACUGCAGUCAAUGGUGUACACUAUAAAGACACAGAUAUACUCUCUGUUGAAUUCUGCACAACAAAUGUUGCAAGUGAUGGAAAAUUUUACCCCGAUUCACAUUCAGAUAAGCUCAUUCCAUUUAAACAGUACCGAACUGCUGGACCAAGGUUUGCUGACUGGAGAAUUACCCCUGAUGAGUCCAAACUGACAUACUGGAAAUGGUUUGUGUGUCGAUUUCAAAAACAACUGGAAGACCACUAUAAAUUAAAAUUCAAGGGUGAAGGAGAAAUUCCCAGAGAUUGGAGAAACUACAAUGAAAAAGAAGCGAUUAAAAGUCUGGAUGAAAUGUACAAACUGUGAGUUAACAACACAACUACUCAGCUGAAAAUGAUGACACUUGUUUUCAUGUGACUAUUCAUGAAUCAAACUCCUAUAAAAUACAGAAGAAUAAUAGGAAUUUGGAGAAUAAGUGACGCAUAAAAACUACAAAGUUUAUAAGUGUGAAUUUCUUGAUAAGAAAAAAGUUCAAAUGAACGUAAAGCAGAACACAAUGUUUUUUUAUUUGUUUGUUUUUGAAGAGACAAAGAGAAAUUAUGAAUGUGAUGCAUGUAUUGAUGAAUAUUUUGAAGUUUUAUUAAAUGAAAAUACAUGAAAUCUGAACUUCUGAAGCUCAGUGAUCAUAGAAAGAUGAGUGAGAAGGUUGAUGAGAGACAUGUUGUCAGAUGAUCGACUUCUUACAACAAAGAAUGGAGGGUAUAUUUCUUUAACCUGUGUAAUUCAUUUCUAAAACUUCUAUCUGAAAAUCCUGUUAAACAAGUUUUCAUUUAUUAAACUGAUCAUUCAGUGACGACACAAAAACACCUGUUGACUUUAACCUUUCAUGUUAUUAAUGAGUAUAAUAAAAAUAACUACAUCACAUCUAUUGAAAGACCAUGUUUCUUUUUUGUUUCUCAAAUGACAAAGUUUUAAUUUCCACCUUUGAGACCUGACAUCUGUUUGUAGAAGACUCCACCAGUUGUAUCUGAUCCAUGGUUCAUAGUAAAGACUUCUUCCUAACUGUUUCUAUUUGAUAAGACUUGAAAGUCACCUUAUGUCUAUUUGACCGUCAACCUGAUAAGAAAAUCACACAUGGCUCUUAAGCUUUCUGCUAUGUUGUCUGCACAUAGGUGUCACGCUUCUGUUCUCUGACUGAUCAUUUUUCUAUCCCAGUUUCCCAGCAUGUUUG